AUGACAGACCUAGGGUCUGCAAGAAGGAUAUUAGGGAUGAUGAUUGAUAGGAAUAGAAAGGGAAAUAGACUGAAACUCCAUCAAUUUCCAUAUUUGCGGAAACUGAUAUCUAGGUUUGGUUUGACUGAUGCUAAAACUGUAAAUGUGCCCCUAGCAGGUCAUUUCACAUUAAGCAAAAUGCAAUCCCCAAAAACUGAUGUAGAUAGGAUUGAAAUGGAAAACAUCCCUUACUCUAGUGCCAUAGGAUCAAUGAUGUAUUCAAUGAUAAGCACUAAGCCUGAUCUUUCAUUUGCAAUAUCUCUAUUAAGUAGGUUUAUGUCAAAUCCAGGAAUAGAGGAUUGGGUUGCCUUAAAAUGGACACUUAGGUACAUUAACACUACAAUGCAUGUUGGAUUAGAAUAUUGCAAAAGAACUCCUGCACUUGAUCUUGUUGGGUAUGUGGACUCUGAUUUUGCAGGAGAUCGUGAUUCAAGGAAGUCCACCACAACUUACUACUUCACUUUAGGUGGAAACUACAUUAGCUGGAAAUCUCAGCUUCAACCAUUGGUGGCACUGUCCACAACAGAAGCUGAGUAUGUGGCAGUAACUGAUGCCUUCAAAGACGCAAUCUGGCUACAAGGGAUUUUGAAAGAGAUAAACUUGAUGAAUGGCCCUGUGACUGUAUAUUCUGACAGUCAAAGUGCCAUUCAUCUAAGUAAAAAUCCAGUAUACCAUGAGAGGACGAAGCAUAUGGAUGUCAAGUAUCAUUUUGUCCGAGACUAG